CUCUCUCUUUCUCUGUAUUUCUCUGCCUCUCUCAUUCACCAGUUUCUCAUACUUCUACAACUUCCUCUUUCUACUGUAUCUCUCUCUCUCUCUCUGUAUUUCUUGUUCAGUCUACCACUUCUCUCCAAGGUGUUCCAAACUACCCCCGCUCUGACUGCACUGCACACACGCUCUUCUCUCCAAGUCAAAUACAGCUGGACCUCUCUGCAAGGCAUCAUGAGCGCUCCUCCGAAUGUGAAGGAAGUGAUGCGGUCCCAUAUGGAGUUGGCCAUGAAGAUGAAGAACGAGGACAAGAUGCACAGGUUCGAAGGCAUACUGUACACCACCAUCAUGAGCCCCGCAGAGAACAUAUUGGCCGCAAGGGCGAUGGAGGCGCGCAGUGAUGACAUCAUGCUAGUGGCCUACCCCAAGUGUGGAUUCAACUGGAUGGUGGCAGUGGUGCGUAAGAUCAUAGCAACGGCCACGGGGAAGACCGAGGCCUCAGACAUGCCCCCUCUCAUCGAGUUCAUGACCCCUGACCAACAGAAAUUCGUGGCACAGCUGCCGUCGCCACGGUUUCUGGGGACUCACUUCCACCCAGACCUCAUCCCCGCCUCCUUCAAAGAGAAGAAGACCAAGAUGCUGGUGGUCUGGAGGAACCCCAAAGACACACUGGUCUCGUUCUACCACUUCAUGAACAAGAACCCGGUGCUGCCCAACGUGGAAUGGGACAAGUUCUUCUCUGACUUCAUGAGUGGAGAUGUUGGUUGGGGCUCCUAUUUUGAUCAUGUCGAAGGCUGGGAUAAACUAAUGGACGACCCCAAUGUCAAGAUUGUCACCUUUGAGGAUCUCAAACAGGACCUGUGUGGAGGCAUCAGGGAGAUCUCCCAGUUCUUCGGCUUCCCCCUGACAGAGGAGCAGGUGCAGAAGAUCUACUCAGAGACGACCUUCAACGCCAUGAAGUCAGGAAGCUCCCACGGCAAAAUGGCCGACAUCUUCUUCAGAAAAGGUGAGGUGGGUGACUGGAAGAACCACUUCAGUGAAGCCCAGAGCCAGCAGAUGGAUGAGGAGUUCAACAAGAGACUAGCAGGAACCAGACUGGGGAAGAGGCUCAAAUAUGACACCUACUGCAAAUAGAGAGGACAAUACAGAACACAUUUUACAUUUUUAUAUACAUUUUUUUAAAGUCUUGUAUAACAAAAGAUGCACACAAAUAUAUUGUUCAAUAUUAUAGUAGGCCUAUGUGAAAAUGUAUAGUGCAAAAUGUCUUAUAAUAAAAAAUAACCUAAUACAGUA